AUGGGAACCCCCCUUAAUGAGGAAUACGAGGGUUGGAGUGGCGGUGGUGCUUCUCAGAAUUCAUCGCAACAGGAUGGAUAUCGCUACGUGGAGAGGAUGGAGAAGCGCCUCCGCGGAAUACACCAACAGAGCCCGGAUAUAUCAGCUGCGGUGAACCAUACCGACGACGACGAUGAUGAUUCCGUAUCCCGAAACUCGUCUGCAAAUUCAACAGUGGGAGAGUUGGUUUCGAUAAAUGAAGACACGCAGAGACGGAAAUCGCUAUCUGAUAUAACAUUAGACUCGGAGGGCGCUGAUACAACAAAAACAACCCGAAGUAUCAUUAGCUCUUCAACCCAGAGUACCAACAGGACCCUUUGGAGUGGCAUCUCUGCCGGUGGUUACAGUGCAACAAGCACGUUUAGCAUGCGCAGCAAUAAAGGACAUCAGCUUGGCUCGCCAUUUACUACCGUACCUGACCACAUUAGCCGUACCAACAGCUACGUUGGAGGUGGCAGCGGAAGUGGGCUUUCUGGGCCGAUAUCUCAGAUUGGUAGUCGUGGAUUUGUCCAGGGUCAAAGACUGAGAGGAAACCCCUUCAAGAGAAUGCCCGACUCUCGUAGAGUACAAAAUGACUAUAAUUAUGCACGACCAAGUCAGAAUACCGAAAAGAAAGCGGCGACCGGGCAGCUACUGGAUAUCACUAACAAAGGAAAUAUGACACGAAUCCCUUCCGUCCGGGAAACGGAAGACACAGAAAGAUUAUACCCCAGUGAUUAUCGAAGCAUACUAGGCACGGAAAUAACGCAGUUGUAUAUCUUGCAUUUUACAAAACAUCUCUACAACCGACUGGAACAGCAACCAUUUACAGAGGACAGCCUAGAUGCCAUAACGCGGUUGCUUCCAGAGCUACUAGUGGCAUUCGCUCUGAAACUUGGCCAGACGUCACAAUUACAAAUCAAACGAGACGCAAUGUAUUUUAUCUAUACACAUCGAAAGCCGGUAAUUCGAUCAAUAAGAGAUCUUUUUAAUUCCAACGAUUCAUCGCUCGAAAAGCUUUUGGUCGGCAAUUUAGCUACCGAAGACGAAGAUGAAUUCUUAGCAGCAGACCUUGUCCGAUAUCUUGACACAGUCACAAAAGAUCCGGCUUUUGAAUGGCUUGUCGGAAAACUUGGCACUGAGUUGGAUUUAACUGGAGUAGACUCUUCCGCUAUGAAACUAAUAUCCAGUCACAUUAAAGAUCGUCUACCACCAAUUCGAAAUAUUAGCAGGCAUUCUCCGUCAAAGCCAUACAGGGUUACGUUUCAGGUUGAGUGCGAUAUUCUUGGGUUUAUACAGGAACAAGCAUACGAAGGCAGUGCUGCUGAGGUACUGCCAAAAGUGAUAACUCUAACUGGGUUUGUUCAAGACGUUCAAGCAACAACCUGCGAGCAGUAUCUCAUCCAGACGUGGCCAGUGGUAGGAUGCAAUCUGCUGCGGACUAUCCAAGGCGCACUACGGGAGGGAAAUGCCUCUGAGCCGUUUCGAUCUUCGUGCAAAUGCAAGUUCGAGGAUCGCACAGAGAUCAAAGUCUCUGUAGGUCGAUAUAUGGAAGUCGAGGCAGUGGGAACAAUCCACUCUAUCGCAGAAAUCGGCGAGCAGAUCGGAUGGUUAGCAACGACAUUCAGAUCACAGUUGCAAGAUUCACAGAUCUUGUUUUGUCAUCCCGAAAUUACCGACUUCCGUGCUACUGAUAGCGCACAGUCGCAGUCAAUGGAAAACGAGAUUGAGCAAUCUUUCGUCUGUCGAAUAAGUGUUGCCACAGACCAGAUGAGGGCUAAUUUGCCUGGUUUCAACGGCCAAUGUUGGCAACAAAUGUUCAACAACCCAGUAGUCGUCACGGGCUAUCCAAUAAAGCCUAGAAAAGAUAUCGACACAGGUGUUGGUCUAGAAUUACCUUUUGACAUGAUGACAACCUUGGCAGACGCCCGAUAUUUAACAACAUUCGAAGACAGGACUUUGGUGAAAGGAUUUUCGACAGUGUUGAUCCCAACCGCGAUAUACGGGAGUAUCAUCUUGUGGCAUUUACUUGCAAACGAGUCUGGUGCUCGAAUCUCAUAUCAAGAUCCCCGCAUAGAGCAGGCAAUAUUGAUUGAACAUGACAAUUUUAAUGGCGCGCGUCACAUCUUGGGAUGGUGCAUGAACGCUCAAAAUAACAUAGGGUCGCUAAACGCAAGUUACGAUAUUACGUGGUCCGGCCUCUCCCAUGGUCGAGCGGCCCUUACCUGCGAAGGAGUCGAGCUCAGCGUGGGCGCUGGCAAUUACUUCAAGGUUGGAACAAACUUCAAGAGAGUUGAACAUAUUGGUCAACACCAUGUCGUGUUGUACGACGUUGAUGAGAAACGCGCGUGCCUUUCUGAUGGUCUGCCCGUGCUUCUUCAUCUCGUCCGCACCUCUCUGAGAAGAGAUGAGAAAGAGGAUCCGGAAUGCCUCUAUAUGAAUCACAUCGAAAGGUUGAAUGAGCCGCCUUCGUCAGUUCAAGGUACUAUUGCAGCAAAGGCAGUCUUAUUCGACAGCGAGAACCGUCUAUCCGCUUUGCGCUUGAUUGACACCAAGGUUACUGAACAAAUGAUUGAGAGAAUCAUGGAUGAUAAAACUGUCAAUGAGACUGUUAGGAUAAAAGAGGAAACAUAUUACCGCUUCGAAAACAGGGUAGAGGAAAUAUGCCUUCUCCUUGAGAAGACCAUUGACCAAACCACCAAGGCGAUUAAAGAGGGCAUUUUAAGAAACACACCGAAGAACAUGCUAAACGGAUUCGACUUUAUGGGAGUAGCUACUCGUUCGAAACUCCGACAUAUAACAACUAAGAUACCAAUAUCGGCCUACAGUUGUGGGUGGACGGAUCUCGUGGAUUCCAUUGAAGCAAUUACGCUUUUCGGCAACAACUUUGGAGAGCUUAUCAGACCAAGAGGUGACGAUCCCCCAAACCGAUGCGAUGGAUGCGGGUACGAAGCCAGCCUACCCUCCGGGGAAAAUCGCUUAGCAGUGUGUGUUGAUAUUUUGGAGAACAUCAUCGAAAUGAAUGGCAAUAAAGAUAAGACGGGCUGGAGACUGACAGACGACAUCUACUGGCAUUUAAACGAACCAGCUUUCAGACUCUGUUGCACCAACCUCAACGGACGGCGCGCCAAUACACACACUAGUAGUGACCGGAUUCAAAUACUCUCUUCUAAGGAUAUCCGCCACUAUCCUGAGUAUCUCAUUCCAACGAAUGCUGUGGCAAACGGUGCGGUCAUGUUCGGCCAUGGAAGGCCACGGCUCGUCCCCAUGAGCCGCAAUAUCAAGGCGCAUCAGAAGGAUUCACCAUCAGGCAAACUACCUCAAUCGACAACAGCUUUUAGAACCUCUGUAUCAUCUGUGGUUCAAGAUGAGAGUUCUGAGUCAAGUGACAACCAGCUGUUUGAUAGCGUGAGCUCUACUAACCCCUAUUCCGCUUCGUCAAAAACAAACGGAUCGGGCUUAAACAGUAAUCGCAAUCUGUCUGACACCAUGAGCCCUAUCACUCCUGAUACAUCCACUUCAUUAGCAAGCGACGAACUAGUCUUGGGCAACACCGCUGCUGACCAGCAGAGCCCUGUCCUGGGCGUCGCACCUAAACCUCCAGAGAUUAUCGCAGAGAUUAUUGCUAUCUCACGGAUUCCAUCAAAUACACCACCGACACCCUCCCCUCAGAAGCCUUUCAGAAAGAUAAAAGGCAUUUGCUCUAGGGCUUGGACGAAACUAAAUCCUCGGAAGAAUGGCCGAGCAGAAAGUUAG